AUGUUUCCUGGAAGUCGCAAUGGAAAAGGGUCUGAAGCAUCCAACUCCACUGCUGAAUUGUCACAAAGAUAUUGUCAAUUCGAGUUUGAUGAAAUUUUGCUUGCAACAGAAAACUUUAAUGAAUCAUUAGUAGUUGGGGAAGGGGGUUUUGGGAAAGUAUACAAAGGCAAUAUUCACAUAGGAACAACCCAUGUUGAUGUUGCAAUCAAAAGGUUGGAUUUGAUGUCAAAUCAAGGAGCGUCAGAGUUCUGGGAGGAAGUUGAAAUGCUUUCCAAGUUGCGGCAUGUUCAUUUGGUGUCUUUAAUUGGUUACUAUAAUUAUGAAAAAGAAAUGAUCCUUGUGUAUGAGUACAUGCCCCACGGAACACUUGAAGAUUUUCUCCAUAAACUCCAUGCCCCUCUUUCUUGGGUUGAGCGACUCAAGAUUUGCAUAGGUGCGGCCCGUGGUUUAGACUACCUUCACACAGGGUCAAGUAUUGAGGUUGGUGUUAUACAUAGAGAUGUCAAGAGCUCAAAUAUUUUGUUACAUGAAAGUUUGGCGGCAAAAAUUUCAGAUUUUGGGUUGGCUAGAAUAGGUCCAAUAAAUCAACCAUCAACUUAUGUCAACACACUUGUUAAAGGCACUUUUGGGUAUAUUGAUCCAAACUAUUUUGCCACUGGAAAGUUGACUGAUGUGUAUGCUUUUGGGGUGGUAUUGUUUGAAGUUUUGUGUCAAAAGCGACCAUUGGAUGAGAGUUUUGAAUAUGGCCUAGCAACAUGGAUACAAGAAUCAAUUAAAGAAGGGAACUUAAAGCAAAUAGUUUAUUUGGGUAUACGAAGUGAGAUAUCUCCAAAAUGUUUGAAAGGGUUUGCUCGGAUAGCCAAAAGAUGCUUGGAUUAUCAUCCAAAUGACCGUCCUACUAUGACUGAGGUGGUCUUUAGUCUUGAAUCUCUACUUGCUCAAUCUGUAUUGUCCUCACAACAGAAAAACAAUAAUUGGUUGCAAACUCCAGGCAAGUUAUUCGGAAGAAUAUUUGAUGUGUUCCCCUCUAGCUCCCCUAGUGAAAACUUAAGUGUCUCAAUCUCCCCUGAUAUAAACUCGGGUACUCCAGUCUCUCGUCGUGAAAACUCAGGUAUUCUAGUCUCCCCACAUAUGUGUCCAGAAGUUAGUCCAUAG